CGACAAUGGAGUGGUUCUCGGUGUUCUUCGAAAAAAAAGGCUGAAACGAAGAGUGUUUGCAUAUGCGGAAUCGAAUUAACUGUAAGAAGAAAGCAAAGAUCGAAAACUGAAACAGUAAUCCAUUAAUGGUGGUGAUGAUCAUAAAGGGUAUAUUCAGGAGAUAUGAGAAAUGGAAUCCUGUUCACCCUACUUAUGGAGCCUUUUGGGGAAUGGGUAUUGGAAUUGGCUGUGGCGUUGGAUGGGGACCUGGUUUUGGCCCUGAGGUCAUUGGCUAUGUCGGUGCUGGAUGUGGUGUUGGUUUCAGUGUUGGCAUUACACUCGCUGGUCUCGGCAUUGGUCUCCCCACGAACCUUCUUCUUGCAGCUCCUUAUAACACUGUUGAAGCAACUAGAAAGGGUGCUUUUAAGUUUUUUGGUAACAAUCUUUCAGUUGAUAGUUGGAGCGAUGUUAUGCCUCAAUUUGCUGGGUUGCAGAGACAAGUCAGUGAGAUGUACUCUGGUUUUAACAAGAAGCCUCUCUUGGAUGAUUCCAUUGAUUUAAAAAGCUUGCCGUUGUUCAUUCCACAUGAUUGUGGAAGAUCUGGGAGCCAUCUUCUCUAUGUGCGAAAAGGUUUGGAUGACAAGAACCGUGGAGAUUCAUCAGCUACGUUGUGACAUAGACCACGAGGAUCUCAAGCAUCUGAGACCCUCCUUUCGAGAUUUUGAUUGAAUAGUUACUUUCUUUUGGCAUGUGUGACUAUGAAACAUACUCAGAACAAAUCAGAACCUGUUUCCUGUCUUGGUUGGCGGGUGACACUACGAAACAAUCCUGAAGCAUUUGAUUGUGAAUCCAUGUUACAGUUACAUAGAUGCGUCUAAGAAGUUUAGGGUUUAGCAGUAGCAUUUAUAGAUGGUUCAGGUUAGUUAACAUGUUUCACAAAAGAAAAAACAAGUUCAGAAGUUUAGUUAAUGCUACACCUUAGGUUAAUGCUUUGCCCUUAAUCAAACAAUAUUUUUUGCUCUUUAUACCUUGCUUCUCGGGAUAAAG